CUUUCAGUUUGGAUGAGAUUUGUCUUGAAUGUGCAUUUCGUUGAAGUGUCUUAAGUUGAUCGAAAAUUUCUCUGCAUGUUUCUUCUAAUAUUUUAAGGUUGUUAAACAACUUUUUAAAGAUCCGCUUGUAUAAGAACUUUUUUGCAAUUUUAUUUUUAUUGUUUUUUUGCUAAGAAAAAACUUUUUCAUUCGAAAUUUUCUGAUAUAAAGUUUCCGGCAUAAAGUUCCUAUCCGUGAAAAAAGAACUUUCAUCAUGGGAAAAGUUUUGUGCGAAAGCUGCAAGAAAAAAUGUGUUGGAAGCACUUUAAAAGUGCAAAGCAAACAUUUUCACGUCAAUUGCUUCAAAUGUGUUGUGUGUUCCUCUUCUUUGGCACAAGGGGGUUUCUUUUUCAAAGAAGGAAAAUAUUAUUGCACAGCUGAUUAUCAACGAAUGUUUGGAACUAAAUGCGCUGCAUGCAAUAAAUAUGUCGAAGGUGAAGUUGUUACUGCUUUAGGAAGCACUUACCAUCAAAGAUGUUUUGUAUGUGCUAGAUGUCAUCAACCAUUUCCUCCCGGAGAAAAGGUUACAUUUACUGGUAAAGAAUGUCUUUGUUCCAAAUGCAUACAGAUUCCUGUUGUAAAUGCAGCUGUUCCAGAGUCGCCUACAAAUUUGUCAAGGCGAUGCGGUGGAUGUAAAGAAGAAUUACAAGAAGGACAAGCUCUUAUUGCUCUUGAUAAGCAAUGGCAUAUUUGGUGUUUUAAAUGUGUCACUUGUAACACUGUUUUGCACGGCGAAUAUAUGGGAAAAGAUGGAAACCCAUAUUGUGAAAAGGAUUACCAAAAGCUCUUUGGAGUAAAAUGUGUUCACUGCGAUAGAUUUAUAGCUGGGAAAGUGUUGCAGGCUGGUGAUAAUCAUCACUUUCAUCCAACAUGUGCUCGAUGCUCUAAAUGUGGUGACCCAUUUGGAGAUGGAGAAGAAAUGUAUUUACAAGGAGGAGCUAUCUGGCAUCCUCGAUGUGGCCCUGCUCAUGAUGGCCUAGUAGAAGACAGUGAUUUAGAUGAUUCAAAGAAAGAUUUGUCCAUCGAUGGAAUCCAAUAUGGAAGAUCUAGUCCUGGAAGCUACUUUGAAAGAGAUCCACUUUUAUCUGACCUUAGUAGAGUAUAUACAUACAGUUAUUUAACUGCAGAACCAACUCAGGGCUACUUGAAACGUCCUAUUGAACCCAAACCACCGAAGUCGCCUCAGUUCCACCGACCACCCGAUGGGUCCGAAAGAAGACGAACCUGGUGUAAAAGCCCAAGUCACAAGGCAGGGAUGCAAGCACUUGUUGAGUCAAUACAAUCAUCAACUCCUCGACCUCGGUCUCCUCAUAUGAAUAAUGAAGAACCUAUUGAAUACUCCCAUUAUCCUGGUGGACAACCUCCCCCGCCUAAUGAUGUUCCUCGUAUAGAGAGAGAUGAUUUUCCGGCUCCUCCUUUUCCAUUUACGGAUCCAGAACGUCGCCGGCGAUGGAGUGGUAGCUCAAAAGGAAUGGAAGAAGAAGUAGACGUAGAUGUAGAAUUUAAAGAACCUGUGCCAGAAAUUGAUCCCCAAUUAAAAAGAGAAGAAGAAGAACUGUCAAAGAUUGCCACGGGGAUUGGAAAGGUGUUCUUGAAAACUGUAAAAGAGAGAGAGAAAAUUAAAGCGUGGAAAAAAGCAAAUUUAGAUCCUAGGAAUGCUUCAAGGACUGCUUCAGCAAGCAAAGAGCCUUUUGUUCGUCUGCGAUAUGAUAAUCCUGUUAAUGCAUCACCAUCGAGAGACUCUGAUCAUCCUAGACCCUGGGAAGAGGAAGAUUUUGACAGGAAAUCUAGUUUUAGGUCUUCUACUGGGCGUCUGGUUGGAACUAUGCCAAAUUACAAUGUUGUUUCUUCUCUCCGCAAUGUACCUAAGCCUGGUUACGGUUUAGCAUCUAGGUCUCCUGGGCCAAUGACUGGGAGAGACAGUGGUUUAGGUUAUGUUAGUGAUUUAACAUUUGGAAGAUUAGAAAAGACUCAAAGUUCGGAAUUUAGUAGUGGUAAAUCUGAUAUUUCCACAUUAUCUGAACAAGGUGAAAGAUUAUGUAUAAAUCAUAGUGGCAGUGGACUUUUCAGAGGAACUCCAUAUUCUGAAGGUUUCAGAGGAUUUCGUUACCCUACAUACAGUCCUCAUUUACGACAUUCAUUACCAAAUGUUACUCUCCAUCUUUCUACAGAACCACCGAAGCUGUAUCCUUACCAUCUACUUAUGACAACAAAUUAUCGACUUCCACCUGAUGUUGAUCGUUGUCACUUAGAGAGGCAUUUAUCAAAUGAGGAAUUUCAAGCUCUAUUUCAUUUAACUCGCCUUCAGUUUUAUCGUUUACCAGAAUGGAAAAGAAAUGACUUGAAAAAAAGAGCACGAUUAUUCUAAUAUUAUUGAUGAAAACUGAUUUUUACUUCUGUAAAUUAAAGUCAUUAUAUAUUUA